AUCAUGAAACUUCGGAUGACUGCAUGCAAAACAUGUCAAAAUUCCAAAUUUGAAUAACAAUUCUCAAUCCACAUAGCAAGAUGACGACUAAUCAAUUGAAAUCAGCUGAACAAGAGCCUCAAGAAAUGCAACUCAGACUUGUUCUAUGCCAUAGACUUGCUGCUUGGCGUGCCCUCAACGAGGAUUACCAACAAGUGCAGACAAUAGCUCUUGAAUUUCGACAAUGGUUUGAAAUGGCAGCUGAGAAAAUUGAAUGUUUUGAGCAAGUGCUAAAACAACGCAAGGAAAUGCGCGAUGAGCACAUCCAAAGUCUAACAAAUGCCGGCGAAAUCUCUAGAAAUUGGAGCAUGAAAUACUUUCAGUUACAGCGGAAGCACAAAGAGCUGCGUUGCCUCAGAGAUGAGCUCUUGAAAGCCAAAGAAACGUUGCGAAAUCGCCAAUUGCAGCUUGAGCUUGUUAAAAGGCAACUGUUGCAACAGACAAUCGAUUCACACCGUGCUAUGCACAGUCUAAAAAGGUGCAAAGCCAUGAAUGUACAUUUGCGGGAACGCAAUCUAAAGCUCGAAACGGUGUCUUUGGAGGUCAUGGAGUUGUAUAGAUGUCGUGCUCUGAUGUUGGCCAAUCAAACAAUAGAUAUGGAACAGGAAUUGAUUGCGGCGCAGAGCAAAUCGCAAGUCAUUUCGGAUGUUAGCAACCAACUGCAAUCUAAUAUUAAGCAAAUUCAAUUGCGAGAAAGUCGACUUAUUGAACAACUGGCAAAGUAUUCAAAGCUGGAGGUAGAGCUGAAGCAAAAGGCAGUUGGAAGACUGAUUUCGAAUGUCCUCUACUAUUUACGCUUCUUGUGGGAAUGUGUUUCUAGUUUGUCGCAUUAUCCGCAGUUGAAAGGCUCAUAUUACAAGUUCCAGAGCGCUUUGGCAUUUUUAUAAAUUGAAUUUUGAAUUGGCGCGCAACAGCAGCACGAGACGUUGCAACAAGCGCACGGAAUGCAAGCCAACAGAAAUAUUAAUAUUGUAAUAGAAUUUGGUAAUACUUAUGCAAAUGUCCCAUAUUGACUAUAAACCAUUAUAUAUUGUAUGCAGUUUAUUAUUUUUGCAUAUUUCACCAAAAAUUCAAAAUAUUGUGACGUCACAAUUGCUCAGUGGCAUUGCCGUUGUCAUCAAACCGGCAUUUAUGUGUCAUCGGCGAUAUACAUAUAUUGACAUGUAGACACGCCGUGUGACCAUAUUAGUAGUAGUAGUAUACUUUGUGGUAAGACAAAAAAAGAAAUACCAAAGAAUGUACACUGCCCCUAUAUAUCUAUGUGGUAAGUGGUAUUUUUCGUUGCAGCAAAGCAGUAUAUUUUCAAAAUCGCACUUACGUGUAUAUGGUGUUUUCGUUAAGCGAUGAAUCGUUGUCGAUAUAUUUGAGAAAAAAGUUAUUAUUCCACACAACAGCAGCAGCCAGCACACACACAGACACGCGAACACGUACACACACACAUAUAAAAACGCCCAAUAAAUUACAAGUUGCAGAACCAUACAAGCGACAAGUAACUAGCAGCAUUAAUAUAGGCAAGCAAGCAGUAAAAAAUAUAUAAAUAUAAAAAAAAAA